AUGGAUGUGAAUCGGCAAGAAGGCUUUUUGCUCCGAGCCACCUGGCAAGCCUGCAACGAGGAAUAUCGGAAUGAUGAAAUCAAAUUGUUUCAAAGAUUGGUACAUGUGGAAGAUGCUUCAACUACCGAUCAUGAAGAGAAUGAUGUAGAAAAAGGUCCAGUGGUAUUUGAAAAGCAGAAGGAACCACACGAUGAUUCCGAAAGUAAAUAUUUUGAAAUUACCAUCGAAUUGAAUGAAUUAUUUGAGUGGACUGCCAUUGAUGUUUAUAGUACGGCAAGAAAUAUUGAAUUAUAUACAUCGAUGGAUCGAGAAUAUUCACAGACUUGUAGAUUUACAGAGAAAGUUGGAGAAGGAUCUGCCUAUCAGUAUCAUUGUAUUUGUACUUCUGAGAGCCAUCAAGAUGGUAUCUCUAAGAAAUUACCAAUGCACUCGAAAUUUGUCAUCAAAUUUUUGUCUUUAGAUUAUUGCGAAAGAGCCUUCAAACAAACAAAGAUUUGUGUUAGUGCAAUUGUACUUCAUGGAAUAAGAAAAGGGCCUGUCACAAGCUCCUCCUCUGCUGUCAGCUCCUCAUCAUUGUCACACAAUGACACGAAAGAGUCAACUCAAUUUUCAGGUAGUAUGAGCACACUCAUGAGUGACCCUCGCAUGCUUAUGAGCUUAAUGAACGGAAUGAUAAUCCAUUCUGUAGAAAAAGAAAGAGAGAAAGAAAUUGUUUCUCAACCACAAUCAGCAGCAUCUGAUAUCAUUCCUAAACCAGUGAUAAACGAAGCAUAUUCAAUCUCCUCGAAUGUGACUCCGCAAGUCAUCUCUGAGAAUAUUAUUUCGUCCUCUUACAUUAACCAAUUUUCAACCAAGGAAGAAUUAAGAUCAUAUGUCAAUGAAUGUGUUGAUGCAAGAAUGAAAGAAUGGGAGGAGAAAAUUACCAACAAAAUUAUUUCAGAGCUCAUUGGAAAGGUGGCAACCUUGAAUCCGAGUGGCAUGUCUGGCCUGUUAAGCUCGUUUUUUUCUGGACCUAAACUUGAUCCAAAAGACACUGGCAAUAAUGAGUGA